AUGUGGGCUCUUCCAAUAAAUGAGCAGAUAGAGAUACAAAAGCGAGCAGUUCGCGCGUUGGAGAUGGGGGGAGCUGGAGGCGGUGAGGCUAGGUCAUCCCAGCUUGCACUUCGCACCACAAGCAUCUCACCGCGCUCGCUUUUCCCCAAAGAAAUGCUACACACAAAACACAAAACCGAGAGCCCGUGCACGUGCACGUGCACGUGCUUGGGGGCGUGCUCGGGAGCACGUUCUCGCGGGUCGCACAAUGCAGUCUGCUGGGCGCUGCUGAGCGCACAUCUACUGAUUUUACUCGCACUCAUCCGGCGAGUGGCGCCCAAUGCGCUCCAAUGCGGCCAGCUCUGCCUGCUGCUCACAGUGAUAUUCGUGUUUGUCCGCCAUCGCACCACCCGCAUGUUCUCGCUGUUCGCGUCGUACGCGGGGAUCAUCGUGCUCGCCAAGAGCGCGCUUAUGUUAGCUCGCUCGUACGUGGAGAUCGCGCGUGCUGCAGGCGACGCCGCGGACGUUUCUGUGCGCUCGAUGUCGCCGGCCACGGGCCGGCUGCGCGCGCUGCAAACGACGCUCGCGUCGGACGAGGCCGCCGUGCGCCACGAGCUGCUGUUGCACGUGCUGCUGGCGGCGUGCUUCGUUUUCGCUCAGAUGGCUAACCUGACGCUGUAUCUGGCGGAGCGCCGGCGUGCGCUCUGCGACGAGUGCGACACGGACGCCAGCGGCCGCGACCUCGAGAAGCUGGCGACGGCGCUGCCACACGCGUAG